AUGUACCCUAAUAUGUUCCAUGGGCCUAUGCAAGGGUACCCUGGCAAUAUGCCGCCGCAUUUUCAGCCUCCCUACGCCCAAAUGCAGGUUCCCAACGUGUACGAGUUGCGAUACAACAACGGCUAUCAUGAAUUGCAUGGCGCGAAAAUGCCGCCGCGUUGGAGAAGCCCCGAAAUACAACAGAAUGGAGGUGCGAGCAGGCGUUGGUACGAGAACUCUCUGCGAGAUGCCAAGCGGGUUCAGAGCCCGCAAUGGCAAUAUCUUGAGGCUAUGGACCGAAGCGGUGAAGCUGACACUGGCCAGAACAGUUACGACCAGCACAACCCCACCAAUGGCUACGUCACUGGUGAAGAAUCGAAUGGGUAUGAAGCGCGUUACCAGGUCUGGAACUGGACGGGUGCGGCUGGGGAGUUGCGUCUCCCGUCCGUUUCUCAGAAGCACGCAGGACGUCGCAGGGAGGAAGAGCAGCGAGCCAGUGAUGAGGAAAUCAGUGACGAGUCUGUUGAACCCCCCAAAGAGGCAAAUGGUGUUGGGCGUACGUUUUUUCGUGGCUACCGAUUUAGUGUCACAGAGGAGGAAGGUCCGUUGGAACACUCCUACUGUCCCCGCAUCGGACCCAAUUCCGAAGAGACGCUGAGUAUGGAGAGCCACCAGGAGUCGACCCAUGGAGAACGCGCGAGUGUUGUGGCGCAUCCCAUCGAUAUGGAUUUCAGCAUCUCGGAGAGGCAAAAUGAAGUGUCGCCGAGCUGCAGCAUCAGCAGCUCCAGUGAUGGCGUCAAUGAUAGCUCCAGCUCUGAUGAGGGGGAGGAAGAGGAAGAGGAGGAUAGCAGCAGCUCGUCUGGCGAUGAUGGUUCCUCGUAUGAAAGCAGCGGGGAUGGGGCAAACGACUAUAUGAGCAUGAUGGGCAACACGCGCGACCCCUACAAAAAUCGCUGCGGCAACUCUAUCUGUGGGAACAUUUCUGAUAUGUCCUUUACACUCCCCCCGUCGGUGAUUCGGCCAGGACGGGAGCAGUCGCCUGUUGACGGCCCCACCUCCUUUUCCGGUCACCGGCAAUCGUCGCUCUUGGAUAUCGCGGAGUCUACCCGCAUUCGCCAGCUGCAGAAGUCCACCCGGCGGCGCUCCACAGUUAAGCCGUACCUUCUGAAUGAAGAGAUGCUUCUGGUUAGCAACGCAGCCCUCUCGCCCCCGUCAUCGCUCCCGCGCCGCGGCGACGGCAACGCGACUCUGGAGGUGCCCGCACGCCCCGCCGUUGGGAACCCUACGGGGAAGGUGCAGUACGAGCCACACCCGCGCGUAAAGCCGCUCCUGAGUCGACGGCAAUGGCCACCGGGAGCAAAUCUGGUUCAGGGGCUGCAUUCCAAACAGCCACCAAAGCAGUUGCAAAGCAAACAAGUAUUGCCAAAGGAUGUGCGUCCGGUGCGGAGCCAAGAAAUCAAGCAGUUGCAAAGCCAACAAGUAUUGCCAAAGGCUCUGAGUCCAGUGCGGAGCCAAGAAACCAAANCCGGGAGCAAAUCUGGUUCAGGGGCUGCAUUCCAAACAGCCACCAAAGCAGUUGCAAAGCAAACAAGUAUUGCCAAAGGAUGUGCGUCCAGUGCGGAGCCAAGAAAUCAAGCAGUUGCAAAGCCAACAAGUAUUGCCAAAGGCUGUGAGUCCGGUGUGGAGCCAAGAAAUCAAGCAGUUGCAAAGCCAACAAGUAUUGCCAAAAGCUGUGAGUCCGGUGCGGAGCCAAGAAACCAAAGGGUCAUCAACGCAAUCGCAAAGCCAAGAAGCAGGGCCAAAGGCUCUGAGUCCAGUGCGGAGCCAAGAAAUCAAGCAGUUGCAAAGCCAACAAGUAUUGCCAAAGGCUUUGAGUCCCGUGCAGAGCCAAGAAGCCAAGGUAACGCCAAGGAGUUUGCAGAGCGAACAAGAGCAUCAGCUAAAUUUGACAUACAAACAAAAACCAAAGCAACAAACAAAUGCUUCACCUGGACUGGCGUCUAG